GGGGCGGUGCAUAACAAAAAGUAAUGGCCAUCUAUUUGGGUCCAGUAGAAGGAGGAUUAGCCUAUUUCUUGUCGGACUGCUGCAGGUGCGCUCAGGUUUUUUGUGUAUUUGCCUGGUAGCUACCUGUUAACUGUGUUUUUCGGUUGGGAGUUAGCGACUCGCGCACAGAGCGGCUAAUUAUCCGGCCGAAGCCUCAGCCGCGUUGAGGGUUAAGGCAGGCAGUUAGCCACGCUAAUGCUAGCUACUACAACCCACCCCGUGUGUGUAUGCGUGUGUAUGUGUGCCAGCGUCUGGAAGGGCGUUCUAGUUUGACGUAUUCUGCCCGAAGUCUUUUCUACAUUCCUUAAAGUACACAGUACGUAGCGUGGACGUGGUUUUUCUUUUUUGUAAGUGGCACAAUAUGAAGGGGGGCACGCAUUGCAAAAGCACGAAGACGACGAACCACAACUAAAGAGGAUUAAAAAGCUGCACGGUCUUCAUGGGGAAAAGUUGAGCUGAGGAUUAACAACCUGGGAAAACCGAAGAGAGGCUUCGAGACUUACAAACAGCGCGAGGACAUGCUAAAACCCCAGUGAUGGAGCCUACCGUUGUGAGUACAUCCACCGUGGCCCCUGAUGAGUUUGACAGGAAUGUGCCACGGAUCUGCGGAGUGUGUGGUGACAAGGCCACUGGUUUCCACUUCAAUGCCAUGACCUGUGAAGGAUGCAAGGGCUUUUUCAGGCGCAGCAUGAAACGCAAGGCCUCCUUCACAUGUCCCUUUAACGGCAGUUGCACCAUCACCAAGGACAACAGGCGUCACUGCCAGGCAUGCCGCCUCAAACGCUGUGUGGACAUUGGCAUGAUGAAAGAGUAUUAUCUGACAGACGAGGAAGUAAUUAUUUCAAAGGCUCAAUUCAGGAGGAAGGAGGAGGCUCAACGUGAAGCAGAAAAGGAAGAAAUAAUGAGUCACAGAUGAACAGAACACUGAAGCAAAACCCAUGGUUUGGAGGCACACCACAAAACAUACGACGACUCCUACUCUGAUUUCUGCCGCUUUAGGCCUCCUGUGCGCGAGGGCCCAGUGACGCGAAGCGCGAGCAGAGCUGCCUCCCUCCACUCCUUCUCUGAUGCCUCCUCUGACUCCUUCAGUCACUCUCCAGAGUCUGUUGACACUAAAAUGAACUUCAACAACCUGCUGAUGAUGUAUCAGGAACAUGGCAACAGCCCGGACUCCAGCGAGGAGGAAGGCUCCAGCCUCUCCAUGCUUCCCCACCUGGCUGAUCUGGUUUCUUACAGUAUACAGAAAGUGAUUGGGUUUGCCAAGAUGAUUCCCGGUUUCAGGGAGCUAACUGCAGAGGACCAGAUUGCUCUGCUGAAGUCCAGUGCUAUUGAGGUGAUCAUGCUGCGGUCGAAUCAAAGUUUCAACCUGGAAGACAUGUCCUGGAGCUGCGGUGGGCCUGACUUUAAAUACCAGAUCAGUGAUGUCACCAAAGCGGGCCACACCCUGGAGCUGCUGGAGCCUCUGGUGAAGUUCCAGGUGGGCCUGAAGAAGCUGAACCUCCAUGAGGAGGAACAUGUGCUGCUGAUGGCCAUCUGUUUGCUCUCACCAGACCGUCCAGGUGUGCAGGACCACGCGAGAAUCGAAGCUCUCCAAGACAAGCUGUCAGAGACCCUGCAGGCCUACAUCCGGCUCCACCACCCGGGUGGACAGCUGCUGUAUGCCAAGAUGAUCCAGAAGCUGGCCGACCUGCGCAGCCUCAACGAAGAGCACUCCAAACAGUACCGCUCACUGUCCUUCCAGCCGGAACACAGCAUGCAGCUCACUCCGCUGGUCCUGGAAGUGUUCGGCAGCGAAGUCUCUUAGAAUCCGCCGCCGAACACCAGCAGCGGCGGGGUGAAAACGGACGGAGAGAGCUGAGAAGGUGCUGGAUGGACUUUAAGCUGACGUGGGUUACGGAGCAAGUGGAGCAGAGAAAGUGUAGUGGGUGUGUGUGUGUGCGCGCGCGUGUGUGUUGGUGUGUGUCUUCAUCUCUGUAACGUCUGAAGAAGUGUGUCUUGUUGCAAAGGCCAAGCUUGUGCGGAGAGCAAGCAGAUGUUAAAUAAUACAGUAAACAAGGGAAUGUCAUGUACUACAAACUAAGCUAUCCACAGGACAUUUGCCUAUAUAUCUAUAUACAUGUUUUUCUACUUAUUUAAUUCAAACAGCUGCUUUAAGAUGCCUGGACAUUUUGUGCGUGCACGUGUUGUGUGCCCACAACUUUUCACAACAAGCAUCCUCAGUUAUACAUUUAGCCAUUCAGUUCAGCUACCUCUUCAUUUUACUGGGUUGUUUUAUAACUACAUCACCUCGGUGAAAGAGUCACUUUCACACAAACAGUUUGGAUACCGCACAUUUCUAGUUUACCAGUGCAAAAGCAGUGCCUGCACACAACUUUGAAUCUUUGGUCAUCUUGAAAUUGUUUUGUUUUUUUUCUUGUUUUUGUUUGUGCUUCUUUCCAAGGCAACAUAUGAAAAAGACUGCACAAUUUAAACACAUGCCUUUCAAAGUUUCACCAAAGGUAUGAUCAAAUAAUCUAGAAACUGCUUCCAUUACUGCUGCUUCAUGGUUAGCUUUCCUCAUGCAGCCACUCUGCAAGUUGACUAUAAUGAAGGAAACUAUCAUCAUGCGGAUUUAUCCUGCAGAAUCCAGAGCAUUCUCUGUGAUUUAGUGAGGUUUUUGCUAGGACUUUAGGACUUUAAUAAGGUGGCUGGGUUUGAGGUGAAAAUUAGCCACUAGUAUUAACUAUAUUUACACUGCUAAUUAUUGAUCAAACCAAGACCUCUUAAUUGCUUGUAACUCCUCAAAGUAUCUUUGAUUAAUCUAUGGUUUGAUUGUUUGUUUCUAUGUUUAUAAAUACUGCUAUCUCAUAUAUUCUAAGCACUGUUAAGCCACCCCUCUGCAUCCAGUAUGUUAUCACAGAUGUUUAAAGGGCUAACAUGCCAAACCUAACUGGAACAGUAAGCGGAGGCCAAAGCUGGGGGCCCAUCUUCUUGUUUAUAUAUAGCUGCAUACUUUACUUGGACUUGGCAUAAAUAUGGAAAUAAUUGCAAUAGUUGUUUUUGCGCGUUUCGUGUCAUUUCGCCUAUAAAAACCAAUUCCAUGAAUUGUUCCUAUCCAGUAUACCGUGAGCUCAGAGGGCGGAGAGCUUGGGAAGCUGCUUCGGACCUCCACAAAUAUCACACCCCUUUCGUUUCUGACUGGGAAGUGGAUUUUCUAGAAUGUCCGAGGGCCGGGUAGUUGCAGAGGUGCUGUGCACCUCCACAGCCUGGCCCUCCUGUUUGAUGUUGUAUGCUGCGCAGCCCUCUAGUGGCUGCAUCCUGUAAAUACCAGGUAUAUAUAUUUACAUAUAUUAAAAAUAUAUAAUGUCUACCGCUGUACAUAGGGCUACAAGGAUCCUGAUGACUUUAUUUUUUAUUUUUUUCCUCGCCCCAGAAAGAAAUAUGCAAACACAAUUUGAUUCGGAUUUAUUAACACUUUGUUUUGAAGCACUCUGUUCUGUGUUUUUUUUGUUUGGGUAUAUCCUUCAGUAGGAAAGAUCAAGAAAUGGCUAACACGGGGAUUGCUUGUGUGUUGGACUGACUAUCAUCUGUUUAGUGUGAUUUCUGUUUGCAAUGUAAAUUUUUAGUAAGACGAUAAGCUGCUCUCGCAUAUAAGCCAUAUAAAUUGCCAAGUUACACCUGCUAUAUUAAAGUACAUCGAACUGAUGACUCUGAA